CGAAUGGAUGACUGCACUACACACUGCGCUCGUUUGUGAAUCAUCAAUGAGUUGUUAUAAAAAAAAAAUGCAUAAUACAUGUACAUGUCACCACGUAAUAGUGCGUUCUCAGAGAUCCAUGUAAUUGUUUCGCGUUGAAAUGGACUUUGCCCAUCGUCUGGUGUGAUAGCAUUUACCCCGGUGUGGCGUCGCUAUUGGACCCAUGGAGUCGGUAUGAUUUGAUUGAACCCAAGCCGUACACGCCGCGUCACCACUUCAAUUUCAUUUUGAUGAUUUGGAUUAAAUUUACCCUCACGGCGAGGGCCCCCGAUACAAAGUACUCCAUCUGUACAUGCUGUGGAACUGAAACGAAUGGAUUAUGAUAAUGGACUGGUUGACUGCAUCUAAGGAUUGAACCGUUUUUUUUUAUAUCGCUGCUCAUUUCCUCAAAUGACGACAUUUUUCCUUACGAUGUUUCGUUGACACACCCCAUUUUUGGAUGGUCAACCAGGAACAAGCCACGGACCAACGCAGAAGCUCAAGCCGAGUAUAGCAACAGCAAGAUGUGAUUGUUCAAAAAGUUCAACUCGGGACAUGUGUAUGUUACAGAAACGUGUAAUUUUGUGAAGAAAGAACAUGAACUUGGCUCCCAAGAUGAGCAAUUCCUUGAACCUCACCCGAGCCCUGGCUCUGAAUGAUGCCGGUGGCACACAGUUGUUUACCUUUCUUCUCUCUAUGAAUGACUUGGAGGCGUUCUUUGAACGGCCUACUAGAUCAUCUCCAAUCUACUAUGAAGGACAUGAGUGGUAUCUGACCUGUGGGGGAUACCAGUCGAAAGACUCUGAUGACAUCUUUCUUGGGAUGUACCUGUACUGGGAUAAUAAGGCAGCCGGGGAGGGGGUAAGUUGCCGAGCUGACUACCGCCUGAUUGUCAGGAACGUCGUGGAUGCUUCGGAGAGUGUGGUAUCCGAAGGCUCACAGGUUGAAUUCAGUGCACCAGAUACUUUGGGAUGGGGGAAACGAGAGCUUGCACCUCUCCAUGAAAUCCUUGCCCCUGGAAAUGGCUUCCUGGUGGACCCAGGACGGACGGUCAUUGUUGAGCUUGCUGUCAGAUACUGCCGGACUAUCUACCAACAGAUGGUGGACUUCUCACAGCUCCCCGAUCACAUGAAUCAACCAUUCUCUUCUUAUUUCACACCGAAUUUCUCCAUCUGUGGAUUUGAUUUCUACAUGUCGUUCUAUCCGCUCGGUGAUCGCGAAGAAGCAGACAAGCAUGUCUCGAUGUAUCUGCACCGUCUGAACAACCCACAGGUCCCGGAGUGCUUGUGCUGCCGAAUCAGGUACCGCUUCUUCCUCGGUGAUCGCGUCUCCCCAGACGGUGACUCGAAAUCGUUUGAAUUCUCCUUCAAGACGGAUCGCGGCUACGGGAGAUUCAAAGCCUUCGAUCCCCUCUCGACCUCGGACAUGUUCAGCAAAGGUCCCGUGCCGAUCGGCGUGGAGAUCCUCUCCAUAACCCCGUUCGCCUUCGUGGAAGUGGGCCUGACCACCCGAGGUUACUACCACACGGAUAACUUUGUCUUCGAUGACGCCAUCUUCCCCGAUCAUCGUAUGAAUGUGUGGAAACUCUCGGCCAAUAACUCAUCCCAAUACCUGUCACUUCGGCUUGAUGUGGAGGACAGGAGCCAAAUUUACCCGGUGAGUCGACAGGGGCAGACCCGGGACACUCUCUGCACUAAGUACUUGCAGUGGAAAGCAUACCUUCUUUCUCGUACGGACCGUAGUCACAAUGUAUUCAUCACGGAGUCUCCCAUGUCUGCAUAUUUCUCACCAGCAUUCCCGGAGAAGUUGUUCACUAUGGCGACUGACAUCCCAAUACAUCGGGCCAAGGCUUUGGAUGGUGACUAUUGCACAAUGGACGAACCUUCUCUACUACUUCGGAUUGAGUUCUUCAAUGCACAGGACAUUCCUGGCAUUAUGCAAGACUACCCCGUCCUGGAGUUCGAACGUUUUCGCCUCUAUCAAACCAGGGAAGGCUUAAGACGUUGCCUGGAGGUUAACACUACCCUGAAAGGUCAAUUGAAUGACCUUAGACGUAGACUGAACGAAGUCAUGGCAAUUGGAGACGGCAACAUCGGUGGAAACAGCAAACAGCAGUUGAUGCGUGAAUUCCAAAGCCUUUUGCAGGCAAGUGAUGAAACAGACUCUGCCAGUCAAGCGGCUUUCAAAUCCAUGACUGCAACUCCUGGGUCCGACAACUUCGCAACCUCAUUCUCAUUUCCUGUGUCAUCAGCUUUUGACGCACCCCCCAUGGGCAAGAUGUCGCAGUAUUUGAGCUCUAGCGGCAACAGUAUGAAUAAGGAACCAGUAAAUAUGCCUACUAAAGAACCCAGUAACAGAAUGUCCCAGUUAUUUAGCUCCCGUUCUGGUACCACACUGCCUGAUUUCAGGACUGCUCCUCCCUCAACAUCAGCAGGAACUGCACCCGCAGCUUCCAAGGCGAAAGAUAAAGAACCCAAGACGUUGGGUGCAAUGGCUAGUAUUGGUGCAGCCUUCAGAAACCCUGUUAAAGGAUCUGGCUCUUCUGGUACAACCCAUAAUCCUUUCAACAGAGGAACUCAUGCCAGGGCAAGUACUGCAUCUUCAGUUAGGUUCGGAUCUUCUUCAGCAUCCUCCAAACCCUCUAACGGUUCAUCGAUACUUAAAGAUGCACCGUCAAGGAGCGGUCUUCCUCCCGGCCAGAAAUCCACAUCCUCAUUGAAUCGGCAGAUGGUGGGUUCUGGAAGACAGUCGAAUAUCUCAGGGGGAAACAUCCCUGCCUCUCAGAUGAAAUCUAACGAAGGCAUCAAGUUGACAUCUGAUCAUACUGUGUAUGCGGCCAUCGCUGUACCACCUCCGUCAAAUACAUUACCCACAGUGAGUCGACCAGCAUCAAACACAUAUGCUAUUGUAGGUAAACCACCACACAACCCUGAACCUGUAAAAGAAGUUGAAGUCACACCCGAACCAACAAGAAAGUCUAAAUUUAAUCCCAACAUCUUCAAGUCGGUCCUUCCUAAACGAAGUCAUUCCAGUGCAAACGAUCAUCAAGACCACCAUCAUGACCACCAUCAAGGCAAGUCAAGCACGCUUCCUAGAAGUUCACAUUCCGCUGAGAGGAGCACGGACUUCUUCGGCAACAAGAGCUUACCAAGACCAACUCAUGGUAUCUUCAAUCAGCCUUCAUCGAGGAGCACCUCGACGCUCUCCGCUUCCUACAACAACCCAGCCCCUGCAGUCCAGAAGGUUGUCCCAACUCAGUCUCCAGGCUCAACAAUGACCCGAUCAGGUGGUGUUGCGAAUCUUGGUAGCUCUUCAUACUAUCCCCCAGUAACUACAGCUAUCGUGAUGCCAGUGCGAGAUGUCACCUACACAGAGUCAGAGAAGACCAGGAUCCCUCCUGUACCAGCACCUCGACAGGGACUGACGAAGAAACCUCUUGACGAAUACCAAACUGAAAAGCUGCAGUACUUCGAUGAAAAACCAUCCUUUGAACCAGAGACUAAAGAAACUUUCCAGUACUCAGAACUAACAAAACCACUACCCCAAGAACCAGAACCAGAACCAGAUACACCCACCCCAUCGGUUGAGAAGACACUGGAAGAUAAAACAGCCUUCUCAAGAGCAUCUAUUGCAUCAGUUGAUGAUCCCAUGUUACAGAGUGAAGUGUAUUCCAUCUUUGCGACAGCUGCCAAGCAAGGAAUCAAAUUAGUAGAAGAAGCACCCGAGAUGGAUGAGCCAAUUGUCAUGGCCCCACCGCCAGACGCUGCUGCUCAACCUAAAGUUGAACCCAAGCCACAGCCACAAACCAAGCCACAGCCACUGCCUAAGCCUAAGCCUCGUAACAGAGUCACACCGGAGAUCACUGUAACAGACAGCCAGGGGACCCAACAGAGCCAGCAGACUCAUCAGAAUCGGGAUUAUGGGCCUCAGCCACUGUCUCCAUCCAUUCUGAAGAAAGAAGCUAAUAUUAGUGAACCGGCAGCAAACGUGAAAAAAUCGAGAAGCACCAACAAUGUUCGGUUUAAUGAAGACCCUGAGACACAGGGGCAAACACAACGAGUUGUGGGGACUUCCAGGGCAGAAGAAUACAAACCAUCUGGGUCUUAUGAUCAGCAUGACGGUCGCUCUGUCAGCGUUGGGCAGCAGAAAGGGGGCCAGUUUCAACAACAACCAAAUGCUCAAUUGCAGAAUCAACAGCAGCUUCGUUUUCAGCAGCAACAAUUAGAACAACAAGAGUAUAAGAAACAGUUGCAACAGCAGCAACAACUGAUGCAGAAGAGGCAGCUGCAGCAGCAGGAAUUACAACAGAAACAAAAAGUGCAACAGCAACAGCAACUGUUAGAGCAAGAGCAACUACAACGACAACGACAGCAUAUGCAGCAGUUUCAACAACAACACGAAGGAAAACAACAUGAACAGCAACAUCAAAAUAAUCAACAACACAAUCAAAAACAAUACAAUCAGCACUUAGCACAAAACCAACAACAGCAGCAACAACGCAGACAGCUGCAGCAGCAGCAGCAACAACAACAACAACAACAACAACAACAACAACAACAACAACAACAACAACAACACCAACAACAACACCAACAACAACAGCACCACCAGCAACAACAUAAACAACAACAGCUGCAGCAACAGCAACACAUGCAGCAGCAGCAGCAGCAACAACAACAACAACACCAACAACAACAACAACAACAACAACAGCAACAAUACCUGAAACAGAAACAGCAGCAUCCAGAAUCCAACAACCGUACCGAACAACAGCAACAGGAAUAUCAGCACUAUCAACUAUCAGAAGAACAAAAGCAGCAGUUUCGCCUGCAGCAGUUACGUCGUGAACAUCAGGAGUACAUCAAACAGCACGAGCAGCAGCAGGUACCAACUCAGCAGCAGCAGCAACUGCAGCAGAAUCUGCAGCAGAAUCGGAAUCAGCCUCAAUUGGCGCCAAAACCAGGAACCAGUCAAACUAACCUAACGAGGUCUAGCUCUGGUGUGGUACAAACUUCAUUGUAACAAAUGUAUCACUUAUGCCAACCACUUUGACGCUUUUUUGAGUCACUAUUCAAUAACAAAUCAUAUUCUGGUUUCAUGCAGUUUUUAAAGAAAUAUGCGGAUAUGGUUUUUUUUAUUAUGCUCAAUUUUAAGUAAAGUGUAAGCCAACAUCAACUUAGUGCCAUUUGUAAAUUUUAAUCUUUUGGAUUGCUGAUCAAGUUUUCUUCGAUUUGAAUUUUAAAACGCAUAGAAAAGAACAAUUAAACACACAAACAAA